CGCACGCACCCAAGCAGAACCUUUGUGGCCGAUUGUCGCGACCCUCUUGCGCUCUACAGCGAGAGCUCCGCCGGCUCUGGACGGAAGCUGCCAAUGGCGCGCAUUUACGGAGCAGACUCGAAGCCAGCGCGAGCAGCGUGUCCGCAUCGAGGUCGUUCGAUCGAAGCGGAAAAACCGCCAUAUUCAUGGUGAUUGCGCUCGCAACCACACAUACAAUCGUCCAUACUAAUCCAGCUCUGAGAAAAAGAUCUCCAAAAAGGCAACUUCAACCACGUCGGGCAAAAGUUUGCCCGCAAGUCUCGGUCGCCCGAUCGCGCCAAAUAAGAUUGUUGCGCCCUUUCGAGAUCGAUCGAGUCGAGCGCGAUUUGCAGCGUGCUCGUGCUCCUGGCUGCAGCGGCUGGAAUCCCGUCCUGUGCAAGCGUAAUGCCCUUGAGCGAGCGCCAAGAUAGCGGCAGGGCCGUGCUCUCGCCGAGACCGGCGCCUCGCAAGACUGACGCCGUGGUGGUUGUGGCGCAGGAGGCGCUGGCCUCUGCAGCGUUGGGCUGGCAGGAGCGCGCUGAGCGGCUAGCGGAGUCCAACACGCGACUAAAGACCCGCCUGGCUGAGGUUGAAGAAGCUCAUCGCAAGUCGCUGACCGUCGUCAAGAACGUCCCAGCACUGCCGAACAACCACGUGUUUACCAAGCAGCUCGUAGACGAGAACCACGCGCUGCGUCAAGAAACGCGAGUCUUGCAACGACGGCUCAUGCAGGUGUGUUUGUAGCUGGGCUGUACGUUUGUUCCAGUGUUAAUUGUACUUGGUUGCACGCUUGCGACCGCAAGUUUGAGGGUCCUGGUUCUAAGAAGCAUCGAAACUUGGUUAACAAAACGCCACACUCUACAAAGCACAAGAGCAUUCGCAAAACCAAGUCAAAACCUGCUACAGCAGUCCUCGAGGAAGAAGACAACGAUAAACAAAAGACGGAAGCCUACGACAACCAAACCAAACCAAAGAGUGCACCGGCAAUUGACCCAAGCGAACUAGCGCAGCAUCCACUACUGCAACAGCUCAAAUCGCACUUGCUGGACCUGGAAGUAGACUUGGAUAGGUUGAAACGGGAGAAUGAGCUACUGCGAACAGAGCUCGAUGAAUACCAUGCGAUCAAAAAACCUGCUGAGAAGAAGAUGCUAUCCCAAAACGAUAAGAACGAUACCAUUACUGAAGAGGAUCAGGAGCUACGCGCGAGUGUGGAUACACUACUCCAGCAGGUGAAAGUGCUGGAGGCGCGCUAUCAGCAUCUUGAAGAAAAAGCACGAGCCAAGACUGCUCUCUACUGUGAAACCACCUCUCGUUUAGAAGAAGUUACGACGCAGUUGUUUGAGGCCCAGCAGCAGCUCUCAGCACAGGCAGAGAAACUCCAGGUAUAUUCUGACCAAACUGCGCAUUUGGACGACUUGCAGCAAGAAGUUCACCUUCUGCGGAAAGAGAAUAUGAAGUUGAACGAGACCAUCGCAGCGCUCAGUUCUCGCCCUUUCGAUGCGCUGUCCAAUGACUUACAGAAGAAGAAUCUAUGGAUCUCACAGCUUGAAGAAGAGAAGCGCGUUCUAGAGGAGGAUCGAGCGAGGUUUCAGGCGGAUUGUUUAGCCACGAGACGGACGAACGACCAAUUGCGGCAUCGGGUCGAGACUAUGACGGACGAGGUGAAAGAACUCGCCAAUGAACUGAAUCAGGCUACGGCUGAGUGUGAGCAAAUGGCAAUGGAGAAGGAGGUGGCGCUGCUCCAGCUUCGCUUCUACACGGCGCCAGGCGACUACGACGUGAUGAGCGCAGUCGGCAAAGCGAUCAAAGACAUGAAGAAGCAGCAGCAAGCCAAACGUAAUGCUGAAGUUGAGGAAACAUCAAAAAUGUAGAGGAAAAUUGCCCUGGGGAUAGCAAAUGUGUGCAAAUGUGUGCAAAUGUUGAGUCGACAAGCUGA